AGUUAAUGUUCUUAAGUUAUUUAUUUAUUGUUGCGUUCAGAUGUAUAUUGUUUUCAACAAAUACUUAGUUUAAACCUGUUUCAUUCAAACAAAUGCUGCUUGGUGAUCAAAUACUAAUCGUUUUCCUCUCUGCCAGUUCCAGCUUCCUCUAAGACAUUCUAACGGUGCUUUGGAACUGGCGCGGGAGUGUUUCCAAUGUGGAAAAUAGUAAAAAAAAAAAAAAAAUGCGACGCAGUUCGGUCGAUGCAAUGAAUCCUCUUUUCUUGUGUACAAAUGGAGCAUGGGUGAUCAGUCUUAUGGGCCAGACAUCUGGUGUGGUGCAGAUCCAGCUGCAGUCGCCGACGCCAUCUUGCUUUAGAUCUUGAGACAGCUGCGGUGGCCUCCAUUCCGUGCGUAGACCUCCUCGAAGGCGUGGAUAAGCUCGUCCAUGCCCUUCAACAAGCCCUCCUCGCGAUUCCCGGGCGUCCAGGCACUGCGAUGGUUUACACACAUUUGUGCUGGCAGCUGGCGGGACUUGGCAAAGUCAAUCAGCCACGCGCCAACCCGCUCAUUGUCGUACACAAUGAAUAUGCUGGAGCCGACGAUCUCGUGGCGGUUGAAGAAGGCGGACUGCUCGACGACCAGGCGCAUGUGCUUUAGACGCUUCAACAGCUCCUUCAGGACGGACUUGCGGGCGGCCAGGAAUUGCUCAAUGGUCUGCGAAAUCUGUUCGCUGCUGCGGCAGGUCUUCAAAUCCUUGACGGGGGCAUGACCGCGCAGGCGGAGGGCCUCGAUGCGAAAGCCCUUGGAGUGGGAGGAGGAGAGUGACUCGCGGAACAGCAUGUAGCGCAGUUUUGUGAUGGCUCGCGCCUCGUGCUCGGCCGCCGUCGGUGCGCUCUCAUCCACGGCAAGCAUUUUCUGGUACAAGUCGGGCCGGAGCGUGGCAUUGCUCACCUCCGACUCGAGGAAGGUGCGGCAGCCCAUCUUGAUGUCCAUCACGCAGGGAUCCUUGAAGCCGGCCAGCAGGUCCUGCAGCUCGAUGUAGUGCUGCGACUGCAUCUCCCGUAACCCGAAGUACUCGGGUACAAUCUGUGCCGUCUGUGGCUCCUGGCAGAUCUCGCGGUAGGCAUGAACCUCGCUGUCAUCGAUGCCCACGAUGCGCUUCCGCACAAUCCCCGUCAACAUGGGCACGAUGCUCUCUGGAUGGCCGGACAACUGCAUCCAGCCCUGGGGCUUCGUUUGUUGCUGCUGGAGAAGAUGUGGAGUGGCAGGGGCGCUCAGUUCCAGGGCAUUCUGCAACAGAGGAGAAGAAAGAGAAAAAAAUAGUUGGGGGCGUGUGAUCACAACAACUGAUUCAAUGCACACACGAAUACCGAGAGGUGAAAGUACUUCCAUGAUGUUCUGUUGAUUGUGGAUUUUACAACUUAAGGGCGUGUGGCUGGCAGGAAUGCCAUUAAGGCACUCCCACGGCCUAUAUAUACGGAGUACACUUCAGACAUGACUGCCCUGAAAAGAGAAGAGUCCCCGCCUCCAGUAUAUACGGUUUAUUUUGAGGACUAUCUCAGGCCAAAGAAACACCAGGAAAAAGCACAUCUGCAACAUUUUGUGAGGCCAGCAGGGAAAAUCUCAGGCGUAGCCAGGAGCUUAAAGCGUCUGAAGAUACUCCGAUGGCACUCUAGAAUCACCCAACGCUUUCAGCAGCUGCCUUUGCCCAGUUUUCUGGGCUUCCUGCGAGCCCGCAAGGAUGAUGGCCUAUGCAAGCAAAAGUCUGGCUUCGAGAUCUACUGCGAAAUGGCCAGCAUCCAUGGCUUCCAUGUGUUUGUCGGCGCUGAGACCUGGCAUCGCAUUUUCUGGUGGCUUCUCAUUUGUACCGCGGUGAUUCUUUCGAACGUCAUCCUCCUCACGGCGCCCAAAGAGGGGCCCACCAUACGUUUCAUAGACAGCAUGAUGAAGCCAAACUCAGAGAUUCCCUUUCCGGCGGUCACUAUAUGCAGUUUGAAUCAAGUUUCCAAGGAAAGGCUACAGAAAAGAGCCAUGGAAUGGAAAGUGUCGGAGGAAACGCUGCUGAAUGGAGCCAUGGAGGAACUGUUUCGAACGAAUCUUAGCUGGUCGCAGCUUCUGGAGGAUCUGGCUCCCCCAAUCUGUGAGCAGAUCCGUGCGUGCAAUUGGGAAAAUCGUGUAGAAAGCUGCCUGGGUGAACUAAAACCAUUUUGGACCUUUGAUCAUCGUCUCUGCUGUAGCUUUAACCAGCAAAAAGAGCUCUACACUUACCAGUUGGGAGUUAGUUUCGUCUUAAACCCUCGAAAAGAGGACUACGGUGGCUCAAGAAUUGCAUCCGAUGGCUUUGAGGUGCUUAUCCAUGAAUCCCAAACGGUAACAAAUGCUGCCACCAUGAGGAUUCUGAUUCCAAGUGGUUCAGAAACCCACCUAAUGGUGCGACCCUUUUCCACGAAGUUCACAUCGAAUCUGGCAAGGCUUCCCAUCCAGCAACGUCGCUGCUUUCUACCCGAUGAGCGCCGUCUGUGGUUCUAUUCGACAUAUAGCCUAAGCAACUGCCUUUCCGAGUGUCGCAGCAAAAGAAUCCUUGAUUCCUGCGGUUGUGUACCGCCCCAUGCUCCUGGGGAAAGCAGCUGGCCCAUUUGUGACCUAAAGCAAGUGGCGUGUGUAAGGGAGUAUGAUGGUAUUUGUGAGCAGAUUACGGCGGUGGAGAGGGACUGCAAUUGCCUGCCGCCAUGCAAAUUCCAUCGCUAUGAAUUCGAGAGUGAUGUGAGUCCCAUAAAGGGAUCCCAUUCCAAUUCCUGGAACGAGGUCCGCCUGCAGGUCUACUACGAACUGGCAAUUAGCGAAGAGCUGCUUUUGGACGUGUACGAGACCUGGCUGGCAUUCAUAGGAACCUUUGGCGGCGUAAACGGCCUAUUUAUGGGCUGCAGUUUCGUGUCGGUCUUCGAGCUAAUAUUCUUUACGUGUGUGCGACCCACUUGCAACUGGCUGGCGCGCCAGCAGAUACUCUGGCGACGCCGCAGGAAACAAGCAAAAGUGGGCUUGGCUCAUUAG